UCAUAUACCAGUGUAUACACACUUACUAGUAAGCAUAACAGAAAAGAAAUUGAGUGAUCACGCUUAGAAAUCAUGACAAAAACCGAAAUUAACAUAACCAGAAAAAGUUUAAACAAGAGAGAGAGAUAAACUGGGAUAAUGGCAGAUAAUUUCCCAAGGAGUAGCACUACUGCUGAGAAAUUUGAAGUUAUUGAAGGAAGAAAUAUUUUGGAAAAAUUACGAGAUGGGAAUCUCAACUUGGUAACAGCUUCCAGGAAAAGACGAAAAAUAUCUGUAAAAUACCACAAUGAGGAUAUUGAAGAGUGCUACCACAAAGUGCGAAGAUUAUCAAAUAAUCCAACUGUUACAGACCUUGAGAACAGCCUUGAUGAAACACAAGGUACACCAAGAAAAAAAAAAUUUGGUGAGCUUGAGGAUGAGAUUAUUAGGCUGGAAGACAGGCAGAAAAAUCUUCAUCAAUGUUUUGAAAGUGAGAAACAGCAUGGAAAUGAAGUAUUAUUCAGAGUAAUUCAGUCUAAAAAUGAAGAUAUGAUUAGAUAUUUACAAGAAAAAGACGAGGAGAGUGCAAGAAAGGAUGAAAUUAUCAAGAGGUUGCAAGGAGAAAAUAACAGGAAUAAAGAAGAAAAUAACAGGAAGGAAGAAAUCAUCAGGAGAUUGGAAGAAGAAAACAACAGGAAUAAAGAACAAAACAACUGGAAUAAAAAAGAAAACAUCAGGAGUAAAGAAAUUAUCAGGAGGUUGAUAGAAGAAAACAACAGAAAGAAAGAAACUAUCAGGAGGUUUGAAGAUUAGCCCUAUAGACAUUGAGAUAACUCAUUGUCAUUAAGCAUGUUAAGGGAGUAAGGAGACCAAUAUUUAUUUAAAAAUCUGAGUUGAAGUGUCAGAUGUAUGAAAUUAAGAAUAGUUCUAAAGACUUUUUAAAACUUGGUCAUAAGAAAAGUUUUCAAAGUGAUUAGGUUAUGUGAAAUAAAACAAGACACUGCUCUUAGAAUCUACUGGACAACUAUAGUGGUAAUGAGAUUUUUGUAUUAUAAACUUUGUAAAUAAUAUUUCAGAGUAUUGCUUAAAUUUCUAUGUAAAGAUGACAUCUCCUAAACCUGUAAUUAAAUGCCAUGAUUAGUUUGAUUUUCUUUAACCUAAUAUAAUCAACUACACUUUGAUUCAAAAGAGAUAUGGUGCAUCCAUAACAACAUAUCUAUCAAAUGUUAAGAAAAAAUCAAAUUCUACCAAAUGUGCCAUUUCUUUUAAAAACC